GUUAGGUGCGAAAGACGCGUGAGGAGCGUGAUUAGCGUUGUGUGCAGCCACUUCUCCAGUGGCCGUUGUCCGCGUCAUUGUUUUGCUAGACCCCGUGUACAGCUGAGUGGUGGCGUGUCGGGGGCGCUGCUGCAGACCACCAGUGUUGUAUAUUUGUGUAGAAGCUGGAAAAAGGAACACGAGUUUCUCCUUAGUCAGCAGAACCAUCAGCAAGAGUGAAUUCAUGUCUGUUUGUUACCCCCAGGUGUACUGUCCAGUGUUUGUGCCCAGCCGAGACAUGACUGAGGUGAUGAUAACCAGCACUCCCGCGGAGAACAUCCAUCUGAGCCCCAGCAAGGACAGACACUCCUACCAGAUCUUCCCGGACCCGUCGGACUUUGAGCGCUGCUGCAAGCUGAAGGACCGGCUGCCUUCCAUCGUAGUGGAGCCCACGGAGGGCGAGGUGGAGAGCGGGGAGCUGCGCUGGCCUCCCGAGGAAUUCCUGGUCAGCGAAGGGGAGGAGGAGGAGGAAGAGGAGGAGGAGGAGGAGGUGGACGGAGAAGGCAAGAGUCAGACUGGACACCAAGUGCAGAACUCGCAGCAUUAGAGCUCCAGCACCCCCACACACACACACACACACACACACACACACACACACACACACACACACACACUCACAUACGCACGCCUGCAGACCCUCGCCGAUGCACCCGCGCACACCUUCACAGACGCACCAGGAGCACGUGUGCGGUCCCUCCGACCAGCCGUCACCAGCUGGACGCUCGUUGCAUCGUGCCGUUAUGGAUUCUGCGAUGGAGGAGAAGAGUUGGAAACGAUCGGACGUGUCGAUGGAGACGUGCGGGACGGUGCCGCUCACGUGUGGGAUGUACAUUCUGCAGGGGUUCGCAGGGCAAGACUGUGCUCAUGAACCAGUGAACCUGUUCUCAUUCUCACUCAGUCCCUCACACACACACACACACACACACACACACACUCACACACUCUCUCUCUCAUUCAUAAAUGCAUAAACUUGCACACACUUCAGUAGUCCCACUGUGCAUCUUGAUCCUGGAUACCAUCCCCCCUCCCCCCCAGUGGAUGGACCCUGCACCGCUUCUGCCUCCCAGCACCCUCCACCAGCAGAGACUCCGAACGGUCACACGACCGUCGCCCGACUCCUGGCCGGUGGACUCGCACACAUGUUCAUUGCUGCCAGGUCAUCAGAGGGGACUUUUGUUUUUUUUUUUUUUUUUUUUUGUUUUUUUUUUCCCCCCUUUCAUAAGUUCACACCGUAUAAAUACAAGUGUGCUAAUGAUUUGUGUUAAAGUCCAGAGCCAGCGUCUGAAUCACCGUUUGCGUCUGUGGGGUUUCUUGGUGCAGACAGGGCCGUGCUGAGCGGAGACGGAUCGGAGGACGGCGGGCGGAACCGGUCGUUGCCCUCGGCCGACACCUCGGCCGCUCGCCGACGGAGAGGAGCGUGCCGCUGGGCUCUUGCUGGACUGAUACCGCACGUAGUUUCCCGAUGGGUUCGUGCUUUCCUGCCGCGUAACUCGCCCUAACCCGUCGUGGGGGGGGGGGCGGGACGGUCGGUGGUGGACCCGCGCGACACAAACACUGCCACGCCUCCAAAACCCAGCGUGAAAAAUCCCGCUGCGCAGAGUCUCAUUUGUUUUCCACGCAGCGCGGUUGUGACGUGGAACGGCACUAUGAUCCCGAACGCUGCGCUCCAUCGAAACGCCUUCAGUAGGUGGCGCAGCGGUAAAAAAAAAAAAAAAAAAAAGCUACCGUGCUGUAUUAUAGCCAAGAGUACAAAUCUCGUAGCUCAUAGCGUAAGUCACCCUGGAUAAAGGUGUCGAACGUCGUCCCACCUGCUCUCCCCGGCAGCGUCUGCGAACGCGCUCCGGGAACGGUCACGGUCCCGGACGGGCCGAGGCGCGGCGCUCGCUCGCCUCCUUUGCGUCGGUGUUGUUCUAGGGGUUUAUAUUUGUGCGGCUAGUAACUUUUUCCGUGUGUCUGGUAUAAACCUGUGGCGCUGUAAAGGCCGUCGAGCUCUGUCCCUGUCCUGUCCUCUCUCCUCCCCCCUGUGCUCUCUCUCCAUCACCGGUAGGGUUUCUCUUUCUUUUGUGAAGCUCAGGGAGAUUUAGUGGACUCCCCCCCCCCCCCCCCCUCGUUUUUGUACUUA